GCUAGCGCUCUGCUUCCGUUUCAUUUCAGUCAGUGUACCUCGUAAAAAAGAGUCAAAUUUGCCUUUCAAUUGAUGCAAUCAUUGACCCUCCCUCUGUUCAGAUGAGCAACAUGAAGCCAUUCCAUGUUAACUUUGCCUGUAAUGAUGGAGAACAUAUUCUGGAUCAACAGGAGAAUAAACCAUUUCCUAAAACAGUACGUAAUCCAUUCUGUAUGACAUUGAAGACAUUUCCAGUUCACAAACAUCCCCGCUUAGUACGUCAGCCUGGCAUGUCAUAUAAAACAAGGAGUGGCGGCAGUACCUUCAAUCCAAUACCAACGCUGGACUUCUUACGUGGAACACUUCAACAUCGAAUCAACAAAGAUAUCCAGAAUGUUUAUCAAAAAUAUGCUCGGUUCUUUCAGAUGGCAGUAGAGAAUAUACAAGCAAAUAACGGCAAGGAUUCUGUAACUGAAGAUCAUGUUUUAUCAGUCUUUAGAACGAGUCUUGAAGAGGCUAAGAGUGUGUUUUACCCACAUGGGAAGUUUGUGCAGGAUAAUCAGCAUGGUGUUGGUGCUAUUCAGGACUACACAGCAAAUAUGUUCAACUUUAGAAAUACAGACUACCCUGAAGAAGCACAAGAACCAUCAGCAAAGCAUAUGAAGCUGGAGGAUGGUGAGACGGCUACAUUUUCACUCAGACCAACCCCACAGAUACAAACUAGAAAGCGUAAAGGUCGUCCCCCAUUGCAUCAUAGAGACUAUACUGAUGAGAUACCAGUGGCUGGAGGAGGAGGCUACAAGAUCAGCAAGCCUAAAGUAGAGGUGGUCAAGAAGGAAGGUCCAAAAUGGGAUCCAGCACGUCUGACAAAGAACUCGCAGUUUGUAAUGGGGGCACGCGCAAACAAAGCUCUUGGACUUGGAAACACAAGAGGUAGACUUUACAUUAAACAUCCGGAUCUGUUUAAGUAUUCUGGUGAUCAAGAUGACAAGCAAUGGUUAUAUGAACAUCAUCUCAUGCCAGCAACUGGUGGCAAAGCAUACAUGCUACUACUAGAAGAUAUCAUUGAGUUAGCCAACACAGACGAAUACAGAGAUAACAACAUGCUAGAAAAUACAGAACUCAAAAUAUUUGAAGUCCCUGAGUACAUUCUAGAGAAGAUAAAGAUUUACAUGGAAACCAACCGUACAGAUGGUGAUGCAGCAAGUUAUACGACAGUAGAACUCACUGACUAGCUUAACGAACCAUCCGUACAGACGGUGAUGCAGCAAGUUGUACAACAGUAGAACUCACUGACUAGCUUACCCAACCAACCGUACAGACAGUGAUGCAGCAAGUUAUACAACAGCAGAACUCACUGACUAGCUUACCCAACCAACCGUACAGACGGUGAUGCAGCAAGUUAUACGACAGUAGAACUCACUGACUAGCUUACCCAACCAACCGUACAGACGGUGAUGCAGCAAGUUAUACAACAGCAGAACUCACUGACUAGCUUACCCAACCAACCGUACAGACGGUGAUGCAGCAAGUUAUACGACAGUAGAACUCACUGACUAGCUUACCCAACCAACCGUACAGACGGUGAUGCAGCAAGUUAUACGACAGUAGAACUCACUGACUAGCUUACCCAACCAACCGUACAGACAGUGAUGCAGCAAGUUAUACAACAGUAGAACUCACUGACUAGCUUACCCAACCAACAGUACAGACAGUGAUGCAGCAAGUUAUACGACAGUAGAACUCACUGACUAGCUUAACGAACCAUCCGUACAGACGGUGAUGCAGCAAGUUAUACAACAGUAGAACUCACUGACUAGCUUAACGAACCAUCCGUACAGACGGUGAUGCAGCAAGUUAUACAACAGUAGAACUCACUGACUAGCUUACCCAACCAACCGUACAGACAGUGAUGCAGCAAGUUAUACAACAGCAGAACUCACUGACUAGCUUACCCAACCAACCGUACAGACGGUGAUGCAGCAAGUUAUACGACAGUAGAACUCACUGACUAGCUUAACGAACCAUCCGUACAGACGGUGAUGCAGCAAGUUAUACGACAGUAGAACUCACUGACUAGCUUACCCAACCAACCGUACAGACGGUGAUGCAGCAAGUUAUACGACAGUAGAACUCACUGACUAGCUUACCCAACCAACCGUACAGACGGUGAUGCAGCAAGUUAUACGACAGUAGAACUCACUGACUAGCUUACCCAACCAACCGUACAGACAGUGAUGCAGCAAGUUAUACAACAGUAGAACUCACUGACUAGCUUACCCAACCAACAGUACAGACAGUGAUGCAGCAAGUUAUACGACAGUAGAACUCACUGACUAGCUUAACGAACCAUCCGUACAGACGGUGAUGCAGCAAGUUAUACAACAGUAGAACUCACUGACUAGCUUAACGAACCAUCCGUACAGACGGUGAUGCAGCAAGUUAUACAACAGUAGAACUCACUGACUAGCUUACCCAACCAACCGUACAGACGGUGAUGCAGCAAGUUAUACGACAGUAGAACUCACUGACUAGCUUAACGAACCAUCCGUACAGACGGUGAUGCAGCAAGUUAUACAACAGUAGAACUCACUGACUAGCUUAACGUAGUAAGCAUUGGAAAUGAUAAACCUUGGACUUAUUAAUGUUCCAAUACAAAGAUGAAUUUCCAGGCCUUAAAGGCAGUGGACACUAUUGGUAAUUACUCAAAAUAAUUAUUAGCAUAAAACGAGUAACGAGUAA